GGUUUCAGCAUGAAGUCCGACCGCCACUGUGGCCUCUGGUUCUGGGAAGCUCGGCUGCCACCUGCAAGCCCAGAUCUGCGGUGCCAUAAAGGACUCUGGUUAAACUUGAAAGCCAAUACUAUCGCUGAGCGAUUGACAAACCGUAUUCGCUGGUUAAAUUUCUUCCAUUUUCCAUAAAGUGGUGUGGGUGGGGGUGGGAGUGGGGCUAAGGUGUGGCUUUUAGGCUUUCUCGUGUUGCUGCACACCUAUUGUUUGUCAAAAUUACUCUAUCAAUAUCAGAAUAAUUUUCGAGCUGAAGAGAACUUAGAGCUUUUUCUUUGAACUCAUCAUGUAUGGGGCUAGAGAGACACUUUUCCUGUGUCGUAGAGGGUUGCAUAGUCUGCGUCGUGAUGGCCCCUCGGAAACCUUGAAGAGAAGGAUUACAGAGUUGCAGAAGACGAGGAAAAAGAAGAAUCCCAAGAAGGACGAGUUGUUUGUGGAGGUUCCUGAAUCAAAAUCUUUCCUUGACACAGCAACUAUGCCAAUGAUUCUCACUGUUGUUGGUACUGCCCUUGUUGCAAAGCUCCUCAUGAUGUAUGAUGAUUCAAAAUCCCAAGAAAUGAUUGAGCGCAAAAUAAAGAAUGCUCCUUCUGGUCAAGGCACAGUUAGGAUGCUUACACGUGAGGAAUGGGAGAAAAUUCGGGAGGUCAGGCCAAGGACACCUUUUGAAUCCAAGCUCGCUCGUCCAAAUGCACGAAUAAGAACUGGAGAACCAUUGCGCAUGCAAGAUCUGAAGGAUUGGACAAUUGAUGUGCUAACAGAUGCACUCACACGCGUUGAAGGAAGUGUUAAAAGCAAUUCAUGACUACUUGUGCUUUUUUGGGGGGUGGGGAGUGAGUAUGAUUUAUCGAAAGGCCUUUUACUAUUUUGAUUUCUAAUGUACACGACUGCAAUGGUUUCUUAUUGUUGGUGAAAAUGUGAAUAAAAUCGUAUGGUGCCCUAUUAAUAUUA